UUUUUUACCCAUUUCAUGUAUUUUUCGAAUUAUGAACUUAUUAGUGAUCAAAAGUACUGUAGAAAUAUACACGUUAAUAUACUGCUUAUAAUGAUAUGUAACCAAGAAUUCGACGCUGCUGGUAUAUCACUUAGAACGACAGUCAUCUGGUAAAAAUGAUUAUGUCGCUGUGAUGGUCUACAUAAUGUUACUUUAUUAUUUGCAAUAACGUUUGCUUGUAACAUUUCAUUAAUUUAAAUAUUAAAAAAUUCAAAUAUCAAUCAAUGAAAACCAUGGGUCACAGAACAUGUAGUUGGAACGCAUUGGUGUUCUUUACCACAUUUUUAUUAUUCAGAUGUUCAAUGUGUUCUGAUCUUAAAAACCAUCUUUCUGAUGAAGGCGAAUCAUUUGUCAGUCACUCUGUAUUUGAUACAUUACCCAGAUUUGUUUUAUAUGAUGUAAACAAACCUGAAGGAUUUAAUUUACGUCGUGAUGUAUUUAUUCGAAUGGCUUCUUUUAUACAUUAUUUAAAUAAAAAGUCUAAGUACCAAUGGAUUUUGGUAUUACCACCAUGGCAUCGUUUGUAUCAUUGGAGAUCAACUAAUAUUAUGCAAGACCAUCUUCCAUGGAGCCUGUUCUUUAACGUUGAAUCAAUUAAAAAAACCACUCCAGUCGUAGAAUUGCACGAGUUCUUUCAGAUAAACAAAUUAAGGUCAUUAGAUGCACAUGUUACAUUACAACAUUUUAAUUCAUUUGAAGAAAAUCCAGAAUAUUUUGAUAAAUGGGAAAUAACCAAUUGCAAAGGACAUGUUCAAUCAGAAUUUUGGAAUCUAAAAAACUUAACAUAUACCCUAUCAUUGUGCAUUUCAUUCCAAGGUAGUUCCACUCUCUUGGCUGAAAUUAUUGAAGAAUUACAACCAAGAACUAUAAUAUUUGACCAUGCUGAGUUGGCAUUACACAACUUUUAUAGUGGAAAAGAGUAUUGGGCAAUAAGGAAAAGUAUGCAAUUUAGUAAUAAUUUACAUGAAGUUGCUAAAGGGUUUAAGAAAAAAUACUUAAAACAAGAUUAUAUGUGUGCACAUUUACGUCGCAGAGAUUUUGUUUAUGGUCAUCCUAAUAAUGUACCCAGUAUAAAAGAAACAGCUACCCAAAUUAAAGAUAAAUUGAAUUUGUUGAACAACAUUGAUACUGUUUAUAUAGCUACUGAUUCUUCUAAAGAAGAAUUUUUAGAACUUUGUGAAUAUUUACAAGAUUAUAAAGUAUUCAAAUUUAUAGCAGAUGAGGAAACUUUGAAUAGAUAUUUGGAUGGUGGGAUUGCAAUAAUUGAUCAAAUAAUAUGUUCUCAAGCAAUAUAUUUUAUUGGUACAUCCCAUUCAACAUUUUCAUUUCGAAUUCAAGAAGAAAGAGAAAUUCUUGGUUUUCCUGUAGAAACUACAUUCAAUUGUUUUUGUGGAGAUAAUAACAAAGAGUGUACACAACCUACAAAAUGGAGACUUGUUGAAUAAUGAUGGUUAAAAAUUGUCUUAGAAUAAGACAAGCUAUUAUCAUUUGAUGUCUACAAAGCGUUAUCAAAAUUUCAUGUAUAUUUUUCUGUUGAUGAAAAACACAAUGUCCAACAAAUGCUCGACAUUCUUGUUGUCCACUAGAUUUGGUUGCAUGGUUUGCAAAUUGUGUGCCUUAAAACGGCAGAUGUGAUAACUACUAUGGGUACACUUUUGUAAGUUCUACAGUAAUAUUGGUUAUCAUAGAAGAUGUCAAAAAUGAUCCGAUUUGGCUUCCAAAAUCCAUUCUUAAUUUGCAAAAAAAUUGUAUAGAAUAUCAUCUAGACCAGUGAUGUCCAACAUUUUUUUCUCGGUGAACUACUUUCGUAAACAAUUGUCUUAGAUCGGACCACCAAAUAUAAAAGUACAAAUAAUAUCAAUAUUAAUCUAAUAAUGUUAUUUUGUUACACAUAGUAGUACAAUGUAUAUGUAGGUACAUGUUGAAUUGAUUUUCAAAUAUUUUAUUGACUACUGAAAAAAUAACAGAUUGAGGUACAUGUUGUUGGUACACAUUAAUUUGAUCAGUAUGCUCUUUCAAGUACACGGGUUAUAUCAUAAAAUUUUUAUUUGAAAAUGCUCAAAAAUCGAA